UAAGUUUCAAACCAUACAAAAUUCCAAUAGUUGACCAUUAACGAAAGGGAAACACUAAGCAGCAAAUUUCAAGUGGGUGAUUGUGUUGUUGAUUAUAUAUCUAACAAUGUCAGAUUCUGGUGAACCUAAACCGUCUCAGCAAGAAGUAUCUCAACCUCAACCUGCUGGGGAAGAAACUCAGUCUCAACAAGUUUGCACUUUUUUCAAGAAGCCAACGAAAAGUAAAAACAUAAGGAAAAGAGCCAUUGAUGCAGAUGAAGAAGAUGGAGAUUCGAAAAGCGAAAGCUCUAUUUUACAAAAUCUAAAGAAAGUUGCAAAACCCGAUAGCAAGUUGUACUUUUCGUCUGGACCAUCUAAGAGCUCUACUACAAGUGAAGCUGCUGAGAGACCCGUCUUUCACUACGAUUCAUCCAAGGAGAUCCAGGUCCAAAACGACAGUAGAGCAACAGCUACUCUAGAAACUGAAACCGACUUCAAUCAGGACGCACGAGCUAUCCGUGAGAGAGUUCUUAAAAAAGCAGACGAAGCAUUGAAAGGGAAUAAGAAAAAGGGUACAGAUGAGAAGCUGUAUACCGGAAUUCAUGGAUAUACAGAUCACAAAGCUGGGUUUAGAAGAGAACAAACAAUCUCGAGCGAGAAAGCUGGAGGCUCACACGGGCCAUUAAGAGCUUCUGCUCACAUCAGAGUAUCAGCUAGAUUCGAUUACCAGCCAGACAUUUGUAAGGAUUACAAGGAAACCGGAUACUGUGGAUAUGGAGAUUCAUGUAAGUUCUUGCAUGACCGUGGGGAUUACAAACCAGGAUGGCAGAUAGAGAAAGAAUGGGAAGAAGCAGAGAAAGUUAGGAAGAGAAAUAAAGCUAUGGGAGUUGAGGAUGAAGAUGAUGAGGCUGACAACGAUAGCGACGAAGACGAAAAUGCAUUGCCCUUUGCUUGCUUCAUUUGCAGAGAGCCUUUUGUUGAUCCAGUUGUCACCAAAUGCAAGCAUUACUUCUGUGAGCACUGUGCUUUAAAGCAUCACACGAAGAACAAGAAGUGUUUUGUGUGUAACCAACCAACAAUGGGGAUUUUCAAUGCAGCACAUGAGAUCAAGAAGAGAAUGGCUGAAGAACGGAUUAAAGCUGAAGAAGGAUUGUGUCCGGUUCCCAGUGACGUUGAUGUUCGUCGGGUGGGUCCGUGUAUAAAACGGGCGUUGGAGAAAUUAGGCUACUCUGGUCCUCUCACCAUCACUGCCGUUGGCAUACUAACAGACGUCCCUCAUGACUUCCUCAGACAAGUCCAUUCCUCUGGAAUCGCUCUUCAUCACGUUCCCACCGAUAUCUCAGGCCUUGGGUGGGCUGUGCUUAAGUGGACCUGGUAUAAUCAACCUCCGGCUAAUUUAAUGCUCAUAUCGUAUGAGCCAAUCUUCUUGGACACUCUUGGCAUGCUAGGUGGGAUCGGAUACAACAUUGUUCGGUCUAUAUUACCAGAUGAUCCUCAACAAGCCACUUCGGCCUCCGCCUCCGCUUCCUCUUCUGCAGGGUGUUUCCUCUGGGAAAGCUUACUGGCAAGCUUACCAGCAGAUGAUAUGGAUUCAGGGGCACCUCAGGAGGACAAGUACGGCGAGACGGGUGAACCUGCCUUGCUUUGUGAGCAAUGCGGAGUUGCUGUCCAAGGCUUUGAAAAUUUCUCCACGCAUCUCAAGAGUGAAGAACAUGCACAGGAAUCGCAAUACUACCAUAACAUAGAUGAAGAAAAGGACGAAGAAGACUACGAAGACGACGAUGAAGAAGACGACGAAGAUGAGUAGUAAGAGUUGUGUAUGUUAAUGUUAAUGUUAACUUACGCUAUCUAAUCCUUUUUACUAUCAACAUCUUCUAAAUCCUCAUAAACUCUGGUUUUCUUUGUGUGUUAAUAAUGAUGUUAUCUUAAG